AUGAGCCUCAACGACGCGUCUGGUAAUUCUGUUACCGACAAACCUGCUGGGAACGUCGCAAACGAUGGCACUGCCCCACUAACAACGCCAGGAAUCGUCGAGCUUGACCCGUAUCUAUCGCCGUUCAAAGACAGUCUCCGUAGCCGCUAUUCCAAAGCGCAAGAAUGGUUGAAGACCAUCGAGGACACAGAAGGUGGUCUUGAGAAGUUCUCAAGGGGCUUUGAGAAGUUUGGCUUCAACGUUCAAGAAAACGGCGACGUAGUAUACCGAGAAUGGGCCCCAAACGCGCUACGAGCAUACCUCAUCGGCGACUUCAACAAUUGGGACCGUGAUGCCACCCCAAUGACGAAGAACGAGUUCGGAGUAUUCGAGGUGACGAUACCGGGCAAGGAUGGCAAAGCAACCAUACCCCAUGAUUCGAAAUUGAAGCGCAUACCUGCGUGGAUAACUCGCGUCACACAAGAGCUCAGCGUAUCUCCCGUCUACGAUGCUCGCUUUUGGAACCCUCCGAAGGAGGAGCGAUACGUUUUCAAGAACCAGCGUCCCCCGAAGCCCGAGAGCGCACGAAUCUACGAAGCCCACGUCGGAAUCUCGUCCCCUGAAGCCAAGGUCACAACGUACAAGGAAUUCACACAGAAUGUGCUUCCUCGGAUCAAGCACUUGGGAUACAACGUGAUCCAGUUGAUGGCUAUCAUGGAACACGCAUACUACGCUAGCUUCGGCUACCAGAUCAACAGCUUCUUCGCUGCUAGCAGCCGUUACGGACUGCCAGAUGAUUUGAAGGAGCUCAUUGAUACUGCUCACGGACUGGGCAUCACUGUGUUGCUCGACGUGGUCCACAGCCAUGCCUCCAAGAACGUACUGGACGGAUUGAACAUGUUUGAUGGCAGCGACCACCUAUACUUCCACGAAGGUGCAAAGGGUCGGCAUGAGCUGUGGGACAGCCGGUUGUUCAACUAUGGCCACCACGAGGUGUUGCGCUUCCUUCUGAGCAACCUUCGCUUCUGGAUGGAUGAGUACCAGUUCGAUGGUUUCCGCUUCGAUGGUGUCACGAGCAUGAUUUACACCCACCACGGUAUUGGAACGGGCUUCUCAGGUGGUUACCAUGAGUACUUCGGUCCGGGAGUUGACGAGGAAGGUGUUGUUUACCUUAUGGUUGCCAAUGAGAUGCUACACAAACUAUACCCAGGCGUCAUCACCAUCGCCGAAGACGUAUCCGGCAUGCCAGGUCUUUGCGUUUCGCUUUCCCUCGGUGGUAUCGGAUUCGACUACAGACUCGCCAUGGCACUCCCUGACCUCUACAUCAAGUGGUUGAAGGAGAAGCAGGAUAUUGACUGGGACAUGGGUAACCUCGUGUUCACCCUUACCAACCGCCGUCACGGUGAGAAGACUAUCGCUUAUGCGGAGAGUCACGAUCAAGCUCUUGUUGGCGACAAGUCCCUACUGAUGUGGCUCUGCGAUGCUGAGAUGUAUACCAAUAUGUCAGUUCUAUCGGAACUAACACCUGUCAUCGACCGUGGUCUCUCCAUGCACAAGAUGAUCCGACUGAUCACGCACGGUCUCGGCGGUGAGGGAUACCUCAACUUUGAAGGUAACGAGUUUGGUCACCCCGAGUGGCUCGACUUCCCACGUGAGGGCAACGGAAACAGCUUCCAUUACGCCCGUCGCCAGUUCAACUUGGUCGAUGACGACCUUCUCCGCUACCGGUUCCUGAACGAGUUCGACAGCAAGAUGCAGUGGACAGAGGAGAAGUAUGGAUGGCUACACUCCCCACAAGCGUACGUCAGUCUGAAGCACGAGGGCGACAAGGUCAUCGUCUUCGAGCGAGCUGGCCUCCUCUGGAUCUUUAACUGGCACCCUCAGAGCAGCUUCACCGACUACCGCGUCGGCGUCGAGCAGGAGGGCACCUACAAGAUUGUCAUCAGCACCGACAGCAAGCAAUUCGGCGGCCACGGCAACAUCGAUGAGAGCACGCGUUUCUUCACGACUCCUUUCGCCUGGAACGAAAGGAAGAACUUCAUUCAGCGCAGCUUCGCUCCCGCACUCUCAACCCGCUUCGCAUCCACCGAGGCUUCGAAGGAUGGAAAGAUUCACUCCGUCAUCGGUGCCGUCGUUGAUGUCAAAUUCGAGGGUGAGCAGCUCCCUGCCAUUCUUAACGCCUUGACGACCGACAAUGGCGGACAGAAGUUGGUCCUCGAGGUCGCGCAACAUUUGGGUGAGAACGUCGUCCGAUGCAUUGCUAUGGACGGUACCGAGGGUCUCGUCCGUGGUGCUAAGGCCGUCGACACUGGAUCUCCCAUCAAGAUUCCCGUCGGUCCCGGAACCCUUGGCCGUAUCAUGAACGUCACUGGUGACCCCAUUGACGAGCGUGGUCCCAUCAAGGCUGCCAAGCACCUUCCCAUUCACGCCGAUCCCCCAGAGUUCACUGAGCAGUCCACCAGCGCCGAGGUCCUUGUUACCGGUAUCAAGGUCGUCGACUUGUUGGCCCCUUACGCUCGUGGUGGAAAGAUUGGUCUCUUCGGAGGUGCUGGUGUCGGCAAGACUGUGUUCAUCCAGGAGUUGAUUAACAACAUCGCCAAGGCUCACGGUGGUUUCUCCGUCUUCACCGGUGUCGGCGAGCGUACUCGUGAGGGUAACGAUUUGUACCACGAAAUGCAGGAGACCUCCGUCAUUCAGCUUGAUGGCGAGUCCAAGGUCGCCCUUGUCUUCGGUCAGAUGAACGAGCCCCCAGGUGCCCGUGCCCGUGUCGCCCUUACUGAGUACUUCCGUGACGAGGAGGGUCAGGAUGUGUUGCUCUUCAUUGACAACAUUUUCCGUUUCACCCAGGCCGGUUCCGAGGUGUCUGCUCUUCUCGGUCGUAUCCCCUCUGCCGUCGGUUACCAGCCCACUCUCGCCGUCGACAUGGGUACUAUGCAGGAGCGUAUUACCACCACCCAGAAGGGAUCCAUCACCUCCGUCCAGGCCGUCUACGUGCCCGCUGACGAUUUGACUGAUCCUGCCCCCGCCACCACCUUCGCCCAUUUGGACGCCACCACUGUCUUGUCCCGUGGUAUCUCCGAGUUGGGUAUCUACCCCGCUGUCGACCCUCUCGACUCCAAGUCCCGUAUGUUGGACCCCCGUGUCGUUGGUGAGGACCACUACAACACCGCCACCCGUGUCCAGCAGAUGCUCCAGGAGUACAAGUCCCUCCAGGACAUCAUCGCCAUUUUGGGUAUGGACGAGUUGUCGGAAGCCGACAAGCUCACCGUCGAGCGUGCCCGUAAGCUCCAGAGGUUCUUGAGCCAGCCUUUCACUGUCGCUCAGGUCUUCACUGGUAUCGAGGGUAAGCUCGUCGACCUCAAGGAGACUAUCCGCUCCUUCAAGGCCAUCAUGGAUGGUGAGGGUGACAACCUUCCCGAGGGUAAGUUCCAACUUCAGUCCCGUUCUGUAACUUGA